UGAACCGCCGCAGCGGUGGCGCAAAGCCUGCUGGGACUCGGCUGUCAUGGCGCCGAACACAAACAGAAAAUCACCGUUGGCGACACGUUACAACAACAACAACAACAACAAUAUUUAGCCGCACUGGCCGCCGCCACAGUUGAAUAAAGUCUAACUUUCCCACAGAGAGCGACCGACUUCCAGGGCAGUAUGUCCGCGGCAAAUAAAAGCGUCGAGUUGCAGCUGCAGCUGCGGCAGAACAGCGAGGAGCUGCAGAGCUUCAUGCGGGAGCUGGACACCUGGGAGGCGGACAUGAGGAGGAGGGACGAGCAGCUGAGAGCCGGAGGCCUGCAGGAGGAGCAGAAAACCCUGCCGCCCGUGCGCAACAGAGACUACAAAACGAAGACGAGGGACAAGAAGAAGAAGAAGAGCCGAGACGACGGCGAGGCGAAGACGGACGAGGCCGACAAGACGGAGCGGAUAAAGUCGUACGACUACCGAUCGUGGGACAAGUUUGACGUGGACAAAGCUCUGUCGGCGAUCGACAAGGAGGAAAGCCCCGCCGAGUCGAACGAGUCGGACUCGGAGGAAGCCGUGGACCGGGAGGCGGCGCUGGCCGAGAAGGAAAAGGGCAACAGGCUGUUCAAAGAGGGUCGCUACGACGACGCCAUCGAGUGCUACAGCCGAGCGAUGAGCGCCGACCCCUACAACCCGGUGCUGCCCACCAACCGAGCCGCCUGCUUCUCCAGACUCAGAAAGUUUGCCGUGGCCGAGUCGGACUGCAACCUGGCCGUCUCUCUGGACAGCAGCUACUUCAAGGCCUUCGCUCGCAGAGGAGCCGCACGUUUCGCCCUCAAGAAAUACGAAGCCGCAUUAGAGGAUUAUGAGACGGUCCUGAAGCUCGACCCCGGGAACCUGGAAGCCCAGAACGAAGUGAAGAAGAUAAAAGCCGUGUUUGUGCGUCCGGGCGGCAGCGAGCACGGCGAGGCCUCGCAGGAGACGCAGGAGGAGGAGGCGGCGGCUCCCGACCCCGAGCAGCAGAAACAGGUGGAGGAGCAGCAGAGGAGGCAGGAGGCGGCCGUGCAGAAAGACAGAGGGAACGCCUACUUCAAGGAGGGGAAGUACGAGGCGGCGGCCGAGUGCUACAGCCGAGGGAUGGAGGCCGACAGCAGCAACGUCCUGCUGCCCGCCAACAGAGCCAUGGCUUACCUCAAACUGGAGCGGUAUAAAGAGGCAGAGGAUGACUGCAGUAAAGCGAUUUGUCUGGACAGGAGUUACUCGAAGGCCUUCGCCCGCAGAGCGACGGCCAGAGUGGCGCUACGGAAGCUGGCAGAGGCCAAACAAGAUUUUGAAGAGGUGCUGAAACUGGAGCCGGGGAACAAGCAGGCGCUGAACGAGCUGCAGAAACUCCAGAUCGAGCUCGGCUCUGCGGCCGACGACGACAAUGACGCCCCGAGGAGAAUCGUGCAGCCCGUGGACAAACCGCCUCACCUGCGGUCCACCAAACCUCUGAGGAGAAUCGACAUCGAGGAGGUGGGCGGGCGGGAGCCGCUCCGGUCCGACCCAAACGUCCAGGAGGAGCCGAGGGAGGCCGAGGACGAAUCGUCGCCGCUGUCGACCUCGCCGAGCGCCAAGAUGAUCAAGAUCGAGGAGAUUUCAGAGGCUCCCUCAGCCUCACCUGAACACGUUCCUGUUAAACAGCCAGAAAAACCAAAACAGAAGAGAUCUGUGAUUCCGGCUGAACCGUCGGCCUCGGUGGCGGCAGCGGCGCUCGAUCUGCCGCCUCCUCCCACCAGCAGCUUCCAGCUGGAGGCCGACCUCCGCAAGAUCGGAAAGCAGCCUGAGAGCGUCUACAGAUACCUGAGGCAAGUGAAGCCAAACGAAUACGCAAAGAUUUUCCAGAACUCUCUGGAACCGGAUAUCCUGAACCAGAUCCUGAGGACGUUAAAUGAUUUCUACACAAAGAACGAGGCGGCGACGGUCACCAUGGAGACGCUCAGCAGCCUGGCGAGCGUGAGGCGCUUCGACAUGGCCGUCAUGUUCAUGUCGCCGGCCGAGAAGAAAGUUCUCCAAGAGCUGUUUGACUUUCUCGGCGAGGCUGACCUGGACCGCUCGUCCCUCGCAGCCUUACGGAAGAAAUACGGCGUGUGACCCGAGCCUGAGUUUAACACACCUCUGCGAGCUCAGCAGGCUUUUGAAUGUCGACUCCCAGGAGCUGCAGUGGAUUUUAUAAAAGCCAACCAAACUGUUGUAGUUUUAUUCCAAUACUGAAUUACCUCUUCCUCGCCAAAACAUCAUCACUUCAAGGUAAAUCCCAGACGCUUCCAUCAGACUGGACGGCCACGGCAGCGGGCCUGGUGACCCGGGGACUCGCCAAGGCACCGUGUCUUAUUUAACGCUGCGUUUAUUCAGCGUCGGAGGUGGGAAACUCCCAGCUGCUCUUUGUUUUUGUUUUUUUUUCUACGAUUACAACCUCUGUGCGCUUCAACGACUUUUUCUUUGAACGAGCCAAAAUCCUGUUCACGACUGUCCAUUCUGUGAUAUCUGGAAAUGUUAUCGAGAUAGUUAUUAAUCUGUAAUGCUCACAACUCAUUGUGCUGCUUUCAAUACAUUUAAGUUUGUGCAGUGCUGGGAUUGGAAGUUACUGUGUUUUGAGGACUACACAUGAAAGAAAUGAUGGUAAAAGUUGGUGGAACAUGGAAAAGUAUUUGCACACUGAAUUCAACUCACCAAAUAAUACAGUUCAUGUGUUUAUGAGCAAACAUUUGGACCGGCAGAGUCUCAAUUCAGUGUUCAAAUGUGAGAAUUGUGAACGACACGACGUCAGCUAACGGUAAACCCUUCUCAGCUCUGUUUUUGACGACGGCAAAGUGAGAAUUUCCAACUCUUGCGGUGUCUCUUGAGCGCAGCAUGACCACGCUGAGUUGGCCUCCGUGAGCACGAGGCCUUGUUUCACUGUUCUCAUCAUCGGACCCGUCAGAAAAGCUGCGUGUCGGCCACGGGGGCUGAACCGCCGCCGUCUGAACGCCUGCGCGGGACCGUGUGAACGACGGGAUGGGCUCGGAGGGUUUCGGUAAAUGUGGACUUUGGUCUGUAUUUCAGAAAACCUGGACUAAAGUACAAAUAAUAAAGGGCAUAUUUUGAAA